GCUGUCUGGAGAAGGAACCCUUCAAACCUGAGACAACUAGAGCAUUUUGCUCACGAGAAAUGGGUCUCAGGCCUCAAAAGGUUGUGAAACAAAAUAUUACGUUAAGGGUACCAUCAUUUUUGUUCAGUGCCUCCUGACCCCUCUUUGAAGCAUCCAGUAGGAAUGCCCCAGCCUUGGCCUUUACAUCCACAGAAAGCCCACCACCUACCUCCUCAACUCCCUCUUUUCCACACACGCCAUGCAGAGGAGAGCGCAGAGCGUCCUCAUCUAGUGACCAUCAUUCGGCCUGGGGAUCAAAGUACAAUGAGAAAGGUGACCGUGCUCCUAAACCGCAGAGGUGUAGUGUCUUUUGAGCAGCUGCUACUGGAUCUCUCUGAGGCUUUGGGGUUUCCUCGAUGGCACCGAAACAGAGUCACACGACUUUAUACUGUCCACGCUCGUGAGGUGAAAGGUGUGUGUGACUUUUUCUGUGGAGAAGUGGCAUUUCUUGCACUGGGGAAGGCCCGUCCAGACCUGAGCAGUGUACAGGAGGCGCUGGAGGAGCUUUUCCCAGAUAACACUCAUUAUCAAGCAGGUGCAUUGACAUCAUGGGAGAAGAGGCUGCGUCCAUCACCCGACAAAGCAGCCAAGGCUGACAGUGGAUACAGUGAGGGCACAGACAGCAGCGGGACACAAACAAAUCAAGAGGAACAAAAGCACACAAAUACUCAGAUUAAAAAUCCCAAAAAUAUCAGCAGACAACAAAAAAAUUCAAAAAAUACCAGAAAACUACCUGUUCCCAAUAAUCUUCAGAAACUUAGAGUAAAAAUUGGUCAGAUGCAAAGGCCUUCCUCUGUUAUCGGGCCUUUUAAACACCAAGAUCUUAUAAGGGACUUAGAUGUGCCCUCACCAACAUUGUGCGGUAACUGCUUGGCAAGACAAGCCAGAUGCCAACCUCAGGAACAAAGUAAUGUUCUCUCUGGGAAGGCCCCACUUCCUCCCGUCAUGAAGAAACCAACAGGGAGGGUCCCUUCACCUGAAGAAAGGACAAAGUUUGAUGCUCAGCCUGCAGCUCUUUCCGCGAGUUUAAAUGAUGAUGAGGUAUUUGUCCAAUCACAUCAUCAUAUCAUGAGUCCAGCAAUAAUAGAGCCACACAGACCAAUGGAGAGCUUUGCAUCUCCUCUAAGGGAGAGUAAUGUCACUCUGUCAGAUAUUGAGCAGUGUUAUGAAAUCGGGCGAGUGGUUGGUGAUGGGAACUUUGCUGUGGUACGAGAGUGUCGCCAUCGUGACAGUGGACAAACUCUUGCUCUGAAGAUCAUAGACCGCUCAAAGCUGAUUGGUCGAGAACACAUGAUGCAGAAUGAGCUGAGUCUGUUGGGAAGCCUACGUCACCCACGAAUAGUGCGUCUUUUUGCACACCACCACACGGACACACAUUCAUACCUGGUGAUGGAGUUUGUGUGUGGAGGAGACCUGUUUGAGGCCAUCAGCGAGAAAGGCAAGUUUUCUGAGGUGGAGGCAGGAAUGAUGGUGUCAGACAUAAGCCAAGCUCUGAGUUAUAUUCACUGUAAGAGCAUCGUCCACCGAGACCUCAAACCGGAAAACCUGCUGAUUGAGCGCCAGAGUGACUGCAUCUACAGACUGAAAUUGGGGGACUUUGGUCUUGCCAUGGUUGUAACCGAACCAGUCUUCACUAUUUGUGGCACACCCACAUAUGUGGCUCCAGAGAUUCUGCUCGAGACAGGUUAUGGGGUCCCUGUUGAUAUCUGGGCGCUUGGGGUUCUUCUCUACAUUCUUUUGUGUGGUUUCCCACCAUUUCGCAGUCAUGAAAGAGACCAGGAAGAGCUUUUCCAGCUAAUAAAACAGGCACAUUUGCACUUUCUAUCACCAUACUGGGACCCCAUUUCAGAAGAGGCCAAGCAUCUUGUUCGAAUGCUUCUUCAGCCUGAUCCCUUACUGAGGCUGACUGCUGAACAAACCCUGAUGCAUCCAUGGGUGAAAGCUAUGACUUCCAUUUGCCAACAGGGGGUGCUAACAGAGGAGAAACACAGAGCUCCAAAGGCAGAGGAACAAUCAGAGAGACUCCCUAAACCUGCUGCAGCCACCCUGUCAGACAAUAAACUUAUCAGCAUUGAGGGUGUGCCCAUUUACAAUGCAGAGCUGAGCAUUGAAAGACAGUCUAAAAUGGAUGCAAACAGGAGACAGAGCAUAAAGACACCAUCACCAGCAAAAAUACAACAAGAACAGCUCAAACGCACAGGUGAAUCCAUGCAAAAAUGA